UCCUGGGCAGCCAGAGAUGAGCCUGGAGGAAGCAGAGGAGACGACAGCUUGAGGUUCACCUGGUGAUAAAGGACAAGCCGAGACACCCAGCGGGAUCUUGCGAUGGCUGAGGAGGAUCUCCGGGCUCUGAGCACCCCUUUCUCGCUCUCCUUUUCGGGCAGUGGCUUUCUUGCCCUGUACCAGGUUGGGGUGGUUCAGUCCCUCCUGGAGCUGGCUCCCGAACUCCUCAAAUCCGCUUGCAAGGUCUAUGGAUCAUCCGCGGGCUCGCUCAUCGCCGCGGCCGUGGUGUGCGGCAUCGGCCUCGAUGACCUAAAGGAAUUUUUCUUUGCCAUGGCAAAGGAGGCCAGGGAAACCAUCCUGGGCCCCCUCUCUCCCAAGUGCAGCUUGCUGGCAAACAUCAAGGCUGUUCUGCAGAGGAUGCUACCAGAGAACUCCUACCAACUGGCUUCAGGGCGGCUGCACAUCUCCCUCACGCGGGUGGUGGAUGGCCAAAACGUCAUGGCCUCAGAGUUCAGCUCGAAAGAGGAGCUCAUUCAGGCUCUCCUCUGCAGCUGCUUUCUUCCCAUCUACUGUGGCUUCAUCCCUCCAUCCUACCGAGGUGUGAUCUUCAACGGCAGCAUUCAGAUCUCCAUAGAAAACCUCUGCAGGAUAAGCUAUGCUCUCUUUCCACCCAGCACCAUGGUCUUGAAUGACAUCUUCUCCCAGGGGUACCAGGACACUGCCCUUUUCCUGUACAGGAACAAUGCCUUUGGCUUUAACUACUGCAAUGGGAAUUUCCACUUUGCCAGCACAUGCGGGAAGAACGACUUUGCCCCAUCCAAAAGGACAUGCACUGGCCUAUGCAAAAUGGAAGCACAGUGCCCAGCUCCUUGCUUCCUGCCAGGCUUGGGUAUGUGGAGGAAGGAGCAGCUCUCUGGACUUCAGGAUCCGCUGUCAAAGGUCCUGUUACAGCCAUACAGGCUGCCAGCUUUCUUCAGGAAGGGGCUGGGGAAGCUGUGGGGGCUGCUGGAUGGUAUCAGCUCCAUGGUAAAACGGUUCCAGAAGCUCUUCCAAACCAUGGUGCCUGGUUUGCCCAAGAGAGCCACAGCCAAGAGGUGA